AGCUACACUUGGAUGAAGGAUUCCAGUGGAACGAGGAGGGACUUCCAAGUGCAUGGUCAGGAAAACUACACUACAUGUCUGCGGUCCCUCAUGUUGCUACAACCUGACAGAAGAGUGACUGAAAGGAUGGACAGAUGGAUCCAGGAGGAACACUGAACCCUCUGCUGACACACACUGACAUGACCUGAACCUGAACCUCCUAAACACCUGCUGUUAUGGGAGAGAAAUUUCCAAGUUUGAUCUUUUCUGGGAUGACUGACCACCUGGACUGAAAUCCAGCCUAAGUUGAAAGGAGUUCAAUCAUAAAGUUGGAUACUACUGGAGGCGAGAUGGAUAUAUACAAAUAUUUGAGCUUAUUGAUCUUCACUCUUCCUCCACAGGUUUGUUUCCAAGUUCGACCUCGUGCCCACGCUGAAGAGAGGCUGCUCCAGAAUCUGUUUGUAAAUUACAAUAAGCUCUCCCGGCCAGUACAAAACACGACAGACACAGUGCUGGUCCACUUUGGACUGUCUAUCGCCCAGCUUAUUGAUGUGGAUGAAAAGAAUCAGAUGAUGACUACAAACGUCUGGGUCAAGCAAGAAUGGAAUGAUUACAAACUCCGCUGGAACCCUGAGGAGUAUGAAAAUGUCACCUCCAUCCGUAUCCCCUCAGAGAUUAUCUGGAGGCCUGACAUUGUCCUCUACAACAAUGCUGAUGGCGACUUUGCAGUAACUCACCUCACGAAGGCUCAUCUGUUCUAUGACGGUCAGAUAAAGUGGAUGCCUCCGGCCAUUUAUAAGUCCUCAUGCAGCAUAGAUGUCACAUUUUUUCCUUUUGACCAGCAAAGCUGCAAGAUGAAGUUUGGCUCUUGGACAUAUGACCGUGCCAAGAUUGAUUUGAUCAGCAUGGCCAAUGACGUGGACCAGAUGGACUACUGGGAGAGCGGCGAGUGGGUCAUUGUCAAUGCAGUGGGCAAAUACAACACAAAAAAGUAUGAGUGCUGCACGGAGAUCUAUGCAGACAUCACUUAUUACUUCAUCAUUCGAAGGCUUCCCUUGUUCUACACUAUUAACCUCAUCAUCCCCUGUCUGCUUAUCUCCUGUUUGACUGUGCUGGUGUUCUAUUUGCCGUCACAAUGUGGAGAGAAGAUUACUUUGUGUAUUUCAGUGUUACUGUCCCUAACAGUGUUCCUCCUACUGAUCACAGAGAUUAUACCGUCCACGUCGCUGGUGAUUCCGCUGAUCGGUGAAUACCUUUUGUUCACCAUGGUCUUUGUCACACUCUCCAUCAUAAUUACUGUGUUUGUAUUGAACGUACAUCACCGAUCACCACAAACACACGGUAUGCCUCACUGGGUGCGGAGAGUGUUCUUGGACAUGGUACCUCGAGUCCUCUUCAUGAAACGUCCACCAGGCACAGCAAAGCAGAACUGCAAGAAGCUUAUUGAGAUGAUGCACCGUCCACACACGAUAUCUACUACAGGCAACUCACAGGCCCUUUGGACGUGGUUCGAGACAGGGUCCAGACAGAUGGCCCAGACAGAGAACACACUCCCAAAGACUCCAUCCGACAGUCCAGGCAUCCUUGUCUGCUCACCGUCCCCCCCUUCUUCCCCUCUUGAGAACCACAAUGAGGAAGGUCUCCCACCAAAAGCCAGCAUUUUCAGCCAAGCCAUGUCUGGUCAGUAUUCAGUCCUUUCAGAGAAGCAAACUCUACGGGGACACAAUUCCGCUGCCAUGUCCUUUUCCCAGUUGUCCUUGCCCCCAUCUUUGCCAUUGUGCCCAUUUCGCAGCCUGUCCAGGGAAGACACGAGUACACUGGCCCCGAAUGGUCGCUCUGUCAGCGCAGAGCAAAUGUGUGACCAACAGAUGCAGCUCCCUCAGAGAGCUGGACAUCGGUGUCGCUCCCACAGCUUCCAGUACUGCUGCUUGCAUGAUGAUGGGCUCACUGGGAUCACAGGACAAGUGAAGAAACCAGCCCUGAUAGAUCAACCAACAGAAACCCUAACAGCAGAGGCCACUAAAGACGCAAGUACACAACAGGAUACUAUGAUUCCAACUAUAUCCCCAGCAAUGCAACAGGCCAUUGAGGGAGUACAGUACAUCGCUGAUCAUCUCAGGGCAGAGGAUGCAGACUUUUCAGUGAAGGAGGACUGGAAGUAUGUGGCCAUGGUCAUCGACAGGAUAUUCCUCUGGAUGUUUGUGUUGGUGUGUAUACUGGGAUCUGUGGGACUCUUUCUUCCACCUUGGUUGGCUGGAAUGAUCUAGAAUCUCAGCAUCGAGGACAAUGAACGCUAACAGGAGAAUAUGCUGUAUUAUAUUGUAAAAAAAAAAAAAAACGGUGGGGGUUAUCACUGAUCUUUUAAUUUUUUAUUAUUUUUCAAAGCAACUACAAGUCCUUGCUCUUACCCCGGGUUAUCAAAAGGUUACUCACAGAGAGACAAGAUGAAAUAUCUAUCAUUGAUUCCAGUAGGUAUAUCAAUUAUUUAUGAGGGCAAAAGGCCAACAGAGAAAAUAUCCUUCCACGCCACUCCAUUCUGACAUUGAGCUGUAAAGCUCAAGCUGUCACCUUUGUAAAGAAGUAAAAAAAUGGACCCAUUAACAGCAGCAGAUAACACUACAGAAAGACCAAGACUCAAGGCAUCGGGAGCUAUUUUUAAGACUCUAUCGGGUUUGAUUUUUAUAUCUCACUUUUAACAUUCCUAAAACAAUGCUGACAGCGUACCACGCUCACCAAAUGUUCAUAAAAAUAUGUUCAUUAAAUUAUCAUGUUUCUGUGA